AUGUCACAAAGCGAAGGUGCCGUCGGCACCUACAAGAAAUGGGAUUUCGACGCGAGGAUGGAGGUGGAGAAGCAAGACCGGAGGAAAGUGCCUAAAGGAGCCUUUUCUCCAGAGAGAGCCAUCACGCUGCUGUACGUGCUUCUGGCCCUCGCCUUCGUGCUCUUCACGACUCUCGCCAUCGUGAAUCUCCAGAGAGUAUCUGCAGCGUGGGAGGCAUUGGAACAAGCCCGGACGCGGAGCGAGAACAGCCACGCGACAGCGUGGCACAACCUCUCGGAGGUCCAGCACGCCCUCGAUCAACAGCUGUCUGCCGAGCUCGAGGUGAUUCACAGCCGACUUCUGAACGUGUCGCGAGAAGUGGAGAACGCGCGGUGGAAGAUGACGCAGUGCAAAGCAGGGUGCGGGAAGGAGCUGUCGGAUCGCGUCCGUGUCCUGGAGGAAAGGGACACGCUGGAGCCAGUGCUGCGGCAGCUGGCGGAGGUGAAGCAGGAGCAGAGCCGCGCGUCGGCACUUCUUGACGCGGCGUUGGAGGGGACGCGCAACCUCUCAGAAAUUCUCUGCAUGAGUUGUCCUGCCGGCUGGCAGCAGUUUGCCAAAACCUGCUAUUUCUUCUCUGCCACCACCAAACCCUGGCCGAGCGCUGCAGACUUCUGCGCCGGCUUCAACGCCCACCUGGCCGUCAUCGACAGCGAGCAGGAGAACAAAUUUCUGGCAAAUCACAUCAUGGGCAAUCGGGUGUUCUGGCUGGGCCUGACCGACGCGCACAAAGAAGGCGACUGGCAGUGGGUGGACGGCCGCUCCCUCUCUCUCACGUACGUUUUUAGCCUCAUCGGAGGGUUCUGGAACAGCGGAGAACCCAACAACGUGGGCCACCACGGCGAGGACUGUGUCACCAUCUACUCCAGCGGCCACUGGAACGACGCUACCUGUUCCAACAGCGAGGCCUGGAUCUGCGAGCGCAGCUGCUAA